AUGUUGUCGCAUGCUUUUUCUGCGACUGCCCUUAGAACGGGCCCCAGGAACCUGAAGCGCAACGUUACGAGUUCUGUGAUAACGUGCCAGGAGAAUGAGUCUCCCGGAAAGAUCCUCAAAAGCACUUCUUCUGGUGGCCUAGCUGGUGUUGUUGCUGGAGAGUCAUCAAUCUGCACCGUGGCACUAGGAAGCGGCCUGAACUACCGUGGAUACAAUGUGGUGGACUUGGCACGAGAAGCGACCUUCGAAGAAGUUGUUCACUUGCUGUUGCUGAAAGAAUUGCCAACACAGCAACAGCUGUCGGACCUCAAGCAGAAGCUUUACAAGGCAAGGCAGCUGCCUGUGCAACUCCUUACUGUUCUCAAGCAAAUUCCAAAGGAUGCGCAUGCUAUGGAUGUGUUGAGGACAGCUUGUUCUGUCCUGGGGAGUUUGGAGCCAGAAAGGAAUCCUACUCAGCAACAAGUUGACAUCGCCCUUCGCCUUAUUGGAUGUUUACCCGGAGCUCUGAGCUAUUGGUUUCACUACACCAAUUCGGGAAAGGAAAUAUCGCUUCAGUCGGAUCCGGAGGACUCGGUGGCUACGAAUUUUUUAAAGCUCUUGCAUGGGGACCCCUCUUUCAAGCUAGAGGAAGCGUUUUCUCGUCGUGAGCUGAUUAUGGGUUUCGGACACCGCAUGUACAAGAGCGGUGACCCAAGAGCCCCCUUGAUGCGAGGCCUCGCCGAGGCCCUUGCUGCCGCGAAGUUGCCGGAGUCAGAUCCCCAAAUGGUACAGAUCGGGGCGUUUGUCGAGGAAGAGAUGCUAAGGAGGAAGAACAUGCAUCCCAACGUUGACUUUUCUGCAGCCAUUGCCUACAAGCAGUGCGGAGUGCCCGCACUGUUCUUCACGCCGUUGUUUGCCAUUGCAAGGACCGCUGGGUGGGCUGCCCACGUGAUCGAGCAGCGCGAAGUCAACAAACUGAUUCGGCCAACUUCUAUCUAUACAGGGCCCCGCCCACGGCCUUUUGUACCCAUUGACCGCAGGGGUAUUUCAGCCAAGCUUUAG